UGGACGGCCCCUCAGUCAGCUCAGCGUCCCAGCAGACCUCGCGUGUUCAACGGCUCUCCGUCUGCUCACGGCCUGCUUACGGAGCUCACAAGGCGGGGAACUCCGGACCGGAUCGGUCCGUUAUACGGUGAUAGUACAGGCAGUACACGCUGCUCCCGUCUCGGGUGAAGCACACGGUCCGCGGAGGGCAGGGACGGAGCGCCGGGUGGAGCAGCACUUAACUCCGGCUGCACCGGGCAGACCUGCGGGGCAGCUCCCAGAUGAUGGAGCUCGAGUCGGCGAGCAGAACCGAGCUGGGGCCGCUGGGGGACCCGCUCCAGCCCCAGACCCCAAGCCGACAUGAGAAGAGCCUCGGGUUGCUCACCACCAAAUUCGUGACUUUGCUGCAGGAGGCGAAGGACGGCGUACUGGACCUCAAGGCGGCGGCCGAUACGCUGGCAGUCAGACAGAAGCGGCGCAUCUAUGACAUCACCAACGUGCUGGAGGGCAUCGGCCUCAUCGAGAAGAAGUCCAAGAACAGUAUCCAGUGGAAGGGUGUGGGUCCGGGCUGUAACACCCGGGAGAUCGCGGACAAGUUGCUGGACCUGAAGGCAGAGCUGAAGGACCUGGCAGUGAGGGAACAGGAGCUGGACCAGCAGAGGGUCUGGGUUCAGCAGAGCAUCAAGAACGUCACCGACGACUCACACAACAGCCCAAUGGCUUAUGUUCGACACGAGGACCUCUGCGGCUCCUUCAAAGGGGAAACUCUGCUGGCGAUCCGGGCCCCCACCGGGACCCAGCUAGAGGUCCCCGUCCCCGAGCCUAUCCACAACGGGCCCAGGAAGUACCAGAUCCGUCUGAAGAGCUCGUCCGGCCCCAUCGAGGUGCUGCUGGUCAACAAGGACCCUAGCAGCCAGUCCCCUGUGGUCCUCCCCGUGCCCCCUCCCGAAGACGUCCUCCAGAACCUCCCGGCCCCCACAGCGCACGCACAGAUCACAAAUUCUCCCUGUGCUGCCACGCCCACCCCAGCAGCCAAUCAGACGGCCUCCACAGACGCUAGCAAGACGUCACAACUCUCUGCAGCCCUUCCCACUGCGGUGACGUCAUCGCCAAGCCAACAGCUCCAGUCCUCUGCCUCCCUGGAUGGCUCCGCCCCCUCCUCUGGCUCCGCCCCCCACUCUGGCUCCGUCCUGUUUGAAUCUAUCAAGUCUGAGCCGUCUGAUUUGUUGGACUUCCCUAAAGAUCUCUCUGACAUGUUCGACCCAACUAAAGAAAUCAUGACUGGAGACCUGUUGGAUGACCUGAUGUCCUCAGAAGUGUUCUCCCCCCUGCUGCGUCUCUCUCCUCCGCCCGGUGACCACGACUACAUCUACAACCUGGACGAAACGGAGGGCCUGUGUGACCUCUUCGACGUCCCCAUCCUCAACCUCUGACCCCUGACUUCCGUCCCCUAUGAUGUCAGAGAACACAUAGACUUAUUUUUUUUUUUUUUAACCCACGCCCUCGUUGCCAUGGAAGUUAAUCACAGAAAGAAAAAAAAAACGUGUGUGUGUCAGAACUUCUCCCAUCAUCAAUGUUUUAGAAACAGGACCUCUAUUUUAAGUCAGGUACCAUCAGAGGCCAGCAGCCCGUGUGACCACGGGCUGCUGGCCUCCCUCUCCAAACACACUGUCUUUAUGUACAUAGAGAAUAUAUAUUUUGUACUAUCAGCAUACGAGGCAAAAGUGGAAUAAUGUUCAAAGGCAAGAGAGCGAGGCAGAUGCUUCUGUAGAGGGGUCUGAAGAACUGUUCCCAGUGCUGGGAUCAUGGUCCCAGUGCUAGGGGUGUGGGUCCAGGGUCCAGGGUUGGCCAAAGCGUUGCUAUUUGCCAAAUGAGGUGUUGCUUUAUCCAAGGUAGUGAAGAUAAGCUUGUUUUAUCCUCCGCUGGUUUUAAGGCCCUGGGGGGGGUGUGUUCAGCCGGAACGGGUCAGGCCUCACUGAUGCUCGGGGCGCAGUCUCCACUGGAGGCCAGCUGAAUGAUGCCGGCUAGCGGUCCAGCUUUAGCGCUCCAAGAGCAGUAGACCGGUCCCUCCCUCCACCCCACGACCCCUCAGCAGUCGACCUCCCCCCAGUCCCUCUGACCCCCCCCCCCCGCUCUCCUCGCCGGACUCCGUUGUGUGUUCUGAGCCUCCCACCUGAACGGCUGCUGUUUGUACGUAAAGCUUCUGGUUCCUAAGGACCGUGUGUAUCAGGACGUAAGGAUCAUGGAUGUGCCUCCUGUGGAUUUGUUGUUCUUUCCUUCUGCUGAUGCUGUGACUCGGGUCCUGAUGUCAACCAGUGUGCUACAGAUUUCUUUUAGUUUGCAUUUUUUCUGCUUGUAGAAUCAUAGAUACAUUUUAUUCCAGUUCAAGUGAUGUCGACGCCACAUGACUGGCUUAAGGCUUCGUUCAAAUCCCCCCCCCCCCCCCCCCAUAUGGAAGGUACAGCUGAUGUCGUCGGUUUGUGUGAAAACGUACAAGCUGAAUAUUGUUUGACAACUUUUGUACUUUUCAUGCUGUGAAACUAGUUUGCAUUGAACCAGUUUUCAACUAUUUUCCAACGCUGUGUAUAACUGACUUGUAUAGAAUAGCAUUUAUUUUUAUAUACCUGCUAGCUUUAUGGAUAUUGCCCAUGCUCUGAAUAAUAAGUAGAAAGAUGUAUGAAACCGUUUUUUAACCCAGCAGGCUCUCAUCACUGCACUUUACAUCACGUUGGGACUGUCCUUAAUACAGAGACCUUGAAAGCUUCUUCUGUCCGUCUCUGGUCACACUCAGAACCCCGCCGCAGCGCCCCUACCAGGCCGCUAGUGGCACUUCACCUGAAACACAAUAAAUACUUUUUUACGCUC